CUCACAGCCUCCCUCUGCGUCCUCUCAUCAGACCAGUGUCUCUCCUCUACUCAGGCAUCACUUAACAUCACCGAACAACCACAGAGAGGACCUUUCGACCUUUCACCUCACUGCAGAAUGCCUUUCGGAGGAGGAAACAAGUGCGGCUGCUGCCAGAAAACAGUCUACUUCGCUGAGGAAGUGCAGUGCGAGGGGAAGAGCUGGCAUAAAUCCUGUUUUCUAUGCAUGGUCUGUAAGAAGAACUUGGACAGCACAACAGUGGCCGUCCAUGUGGAUGAGAUCUAUUGCAAAUCAUGCUAUGGCAAGAAAUAUGGGCCAAAAGGCUACGGGUUUGGAGGUGGAGCCGGCACUCUGAGUAUGGACACAGGAGAAGGACUGGGAAUCAAGCCUGAAGUACAAGCUCCUUUUCGUCCUACAAACAACCCCAACGCCUCAAAGUUUGCCCAGAAAGCCGAGGGCUCAGAUGUGUGUCCUCGAUGUGGAAAGCGAGUGUACGCAGCUGAGAAGGUUGUCGGAGCAGGCAAUUCUUGGCAUAAAGGCACCUGCUUUCGCUGUGCCAAGUGUGGCAAAGGACUCGAGUCUACGACCCUCGCUGAUCGAGACGGGGAGAUCUUCUGUAAAGGUUGCUAUGCAAAGAACUUCGGUCCCAAAGGAUUCGGCUUUGGUCAGGGUGCAGGAGCUCUGGCUCAUUCCCAGUAAAGCCUGAAGCUUCGGCCCACCUUAGACUGAAUAGAGCGCUCUGAUAUCACCGCUUUCAAGAUCCUUCAGUCGAUAUCCAGACUAUUUCACUCUGCCUGUUCACUCCAGCUGAAGGAGACAAGUGAGAGAGGCACUCGACACACAGCUUUUUGUACAAGUUCAACCAGUAGAUUUUGCUCAGUGACAUUUUAAGCCCCAACUCUUGACUGCUUAAAAAAAGAUAUCAUGCUAAAUAUUUAAAACACUAAUUUUGAACUGUGAUUGGAUGUGCACAUUGUGUGUGUUCAAACUGAUUUUUUAACAGAAAGAAAAAUUAAAUGCACUAAGAAACACUUCCACUGUAACAAAAAAACUGAGUUUGGCAUCUGAGCGAGAACAAAACAUGUUUCAAGACUGACAGCUGAGAAAAAAUGAAGCUCACAUCAUGCUUAAGUUGCACUAACGAUUAAGUUUUUUCUGUCUUACAUGUCAAAUGUUGUACAUACUGUCUUAAGAUAUGCUUUGUUGCUGACACAAUAAAUAUCAAUCAAAAA